UGGUAUGAAGAAAAUAUAAAGGAUAUUUACAGUUUAAGAAAACAUUAUGAAUCCAGCAACAGAAUACGAAAUUAAAAAACUAGAAUUUGAUGUAAAGUAAUGUUGCUGCACAGUCAUGUACAGUAGGUGGCGGUGUGCACCUUAAAGUUGCUAGUGAUCCGCCAUAAUUGAAAAGAAGAAGAAGAAGCGCGGCGGAAGUGGUGGGGAUGCGGUGGAUGUUAUGGAAGAUGACAGCGGCCCCUGCUCGGUUCUCGCUCAGCCUCAGGUCAGCUCUUCCUCACGUACUUCAGUCAGUUCGGACAGGAGGUACCAGAGGGAUCCGGACGGGACCUUCUAGCCGGAUUAAGGCGGUUCCAGCAGGGAAGUUGGUGCGGAAUGGAGACAGCAGAAAGACUGUGAUCUGUGUGGAGGGGAACAUCGCCUGUGGAAAAACGACAUGUUUGGAAUAUUUCAACAGAACCAGCAACAUAGAGGUCCAGACGGAACCGGUCUCCAAAUGGAGGGACGUCCGUGGAAACAAUCCUCUGGCCCUGAUGUACCAGGAUCCACAGCGCUGGGCUAUCACUCUGCAGACCUAUGUUCAGCUCACCAUGCUGGACAGACACCUGUCAGCCUCUGCUGCUCCUGUCAUGAUGAUGGAGAGGUCCAUCUUCAGCGCCAAGCACAUCUUUGUGGACAAUCUCUUUCAGAGUGGGAAAAUGCCGGAGGUGGACUAUGCUGUUCUGAGCGAGUGGUUUGAUUGGAUCACCGCUAACGUUUCCCUCCCAGUUGACCUGAUCGUUUACUUGCAGACGUCUCCUCUCACCUGCUAUGAGAGGCUGAAGCAGAGGUGCAGAGAGGAGGAGAAGGUCAUUCCUCUGGAGUAUCUGGAGUCCAUCCAUCAGCGCUACGAGGACUGGCUCAUUAAAGGAAGCUCCUCUCCGGUUCCUGCUCCAGUUCUGGUGAUCCCUGCAGACCACGACCUCCAGAAGAUGCUCCACAAGUAUGAGGAGCACCGAGAGAGGAUCCUUGCAACCAGCAGCUCCUGAUGCUGCGACAAAUGCUGCCUCACCUUCUCUGAAACCCAGAUCUAUUUAUUGGUUCUAAACCCUAAGCUGCUUCAUCAUCAACCCAUGAAUUAGAUUAUUUUCUGCACUGGAUGGUUUUGGACCAAUCAGCAUGGCUACUCUGUCCGUACCUUUGCUGAGCGCCUCGAUUAAUGAUGUCUGAAAAAUAGAAAAAGUCCAUUUUAAUCAGAUUCAUUCAGCGAGGAAACAAAUCUACCGUUAAGAAUUGAAGUCAAUCCUGCCUAGAAAUUAGUCGCUCGUCCUGUUUGAUAGAGAGCAGUUUCCAAUGUUAUCUUUAUGCGGUUUAAAGACGAGCCGUUAUCAGUUCACCGAUAAAUCCCUUCAGUUUGGCCGUGGAAUCGGGUAUUUUAUUGUUAAGCUUCCAGGUGAGAACUUACCUAACAGCUACUCCACCAGAGCUAAGAGCAACCUUAUUCAUUACUUUCCCUCAAGCUCCGAGUUUCAUCUGACACAAGCUUCUCUGCAGAGUUAAAGGAAUGUUUAGAUUUGUUGAUUUUUGUUCCAAAAUGCUGCUUCACUCGAAAACCUCAACUAACUCUACAGGGACAUUGGCUCCACAGUCAUUAA